GGCCGUCUCCGGAGCCCGCAGAUGGAGGCGGGGGCGGGGCGCCGCGCCGCGGGCGUGUUCUCGUGCGGGCUCUGCGCGCUGACCGCUCCCUACAGCUACGUGGGCCCGGCGCCCCCCGACGCCCGCGCCGUCGUCCUCCUGGAGGAGAGUUACGUCAUGAAGGACCCGUUCGCCUCAGACAAGCACAAGUUCCUGGUGCUCGGCUCCAAGUGCAGUGUGUGCAGCCGGCUGGUGUGCGUGGGCCCGGAAUGCAGUUUAUUCUACUCCAAGAGGUUUUGCCUCCCCUGUGUCCAGGAGAACAUGGACGCCUUCCCUCAGGAAAUCCGGCAAGACUUGGAGAAAAGGAAAGCUCCAUCAAAGAGGCCAGUCAGCCAGCCUGGCUCUCGGACAUGAGUGCGCCGGAUGCCGGGUUGGCAAGAGCACCUUGCACACAGCUCUGGGGCUGAGCUGGGAGCCGCCGUGCCCAGCCUUGUUCUGGGACAGGCAGGAGCAGUGUGUGCAACUGGAGUGAGCUGGGGCCCAGCCUGCCCCAGGAAGGUGACUGGGAGACGCAGAGAAGGCACUCAAAAGGCAGACCUUGGACCAGACAUCCCGCAGACCCAACCCCAUACAGAGCCCUCUCCAAGCUGAGACUGCAGGGCAGGAACUGAGGAAUGGUUCAGAACUGGCACAAUGGGAGGCCAGGGCUAGGCCUGCUGGCCCUUUGGCUCUCCUCCCAGACCUGAGGGCUCUAGGCCUUCCCGCAGGGUCAUCCCCUGGCUCCUGCUUACAGGCGACAGACCUGGAGGGGCCUUUAUGCCCUUCGCAUGAUUUCGUCAGAUCCAGGAGCUGCCUCCAGGUAACAUGCUGCUCCGCCUGGCCCCGAGGACACUGGAGUGAAGGGACAAAGCCCACUGCCCUGGUCCAGUAUGGGGAGGCCCUCUGGUCACGCUGAGGGGUUGUGCUGUCCGUGCUCAUGCAGAGGCGGAACAGCUGGAUGGGGACUCUUGCUUUCUCCAUCCAAGGAAGUGAGUGGUCAUGCAGGGAAGACCUCACUCAGUGGGAUGGUUCACAGCGAAGUGACCUGUGGGAAGGUGCCUGAGGUGUGUGGGGGAGCUGCAGAUGCAACCGGGGGUCUGGGGGCAGUGGAGUUUUACUUCACAUCCUCGUGGUGCUUGGAAAACGUUUAAAUCUUGACCAUGCGUUAGAUCCGUAAUUAAAAACCCAGAGAGCCAGUUAAUGUUUUGAAAAGUAAUCCUUCCCCAGAUACAUUUGCGAGGCAGAUGUUCUCCUUGGCACUCCGGAUCUGGCGUGGGUCGGGGGCCGGGGUGUUGCCACAUGAAGCUUCUUCUGUCCUGUCUGUCCCGCAGGCUCUGGCUCCGGCCCCAGGCCCAGGCCCAGUCCAAGGCAGAGCAGUGCCUCCCCUGCCUUCCCUUCACACACACAGAGGCUCACGACUUGAGGUGCCGGCUUGCCCUUCUCCACAGGGAACUCCGCACAGCUCUGCAGGCUCCUGUAGCGGCCCCAGGGCACUCGUCCCUCCACGGGCACCCCUGCCCCGUGGCCCCCACCUUCGCCAUGGGGAACACACUAAAGGGUGCGUUUGGCUCUGCCGGUUCUCAGAGGGCCGGAGCUGUUCUAUCUUCGCCCCUGUUCUAUCUUUAACUACCUGAAGGCCCGCUGACACUGUCCUGGGGGAUGCCAGACAGUGGGUUUGAGAAGAGAAUGAAUAAAGAGCUUUUAUUGGC